ACCACGAUCAUCAUCUCAUCGCCAUGCCGCGAGUUGUUCGCGCUCGAAACAUACACGUAUUUUCAGGCGAGGAAGAGAUCGCUGGCUUCUAUCAGCACGGCAAUGUGUCGAAGAGGUUUUUUCGGGCGUGGCUCGACCACGGUUGGCAUUUUUCGACUGGCGACGGCCAAGCCUCGGACUGGGCUUUGCUCCCUCGAAGGUCCGAGAACACCAACGUGCAAUCAAGCGAGCUCGUGUGCGUGGCAUCCGUCGCAGAGCACGACGAGACCAUGGGGGAAGAUGCGAUGAUGCCUUACGGCACCUUCGACGUUGUGGACCGCCCCACCAUGGGUCCCGUCACGCACGCCAAGACCAACAAGGUCUACCAUCGUCGUACUAUGAGCUUUAAUCUCUCAGAGACGGGCCGGCGUGGUCCAAACUUUACAUCACGCAUCCGCGAGCGAGACCAAAGAUGCCUCGUCUCUGGCGUUACAGCGCAGAGCAAAGGAGGCUGGGAGGAGUUCCACGCCUGCCAUAUCUUCGCGAGGGCGCACCUUGAUCUCUGGCGAGCAAAGAGGUUCGCAAGUCUCGUUACCGACACCGGGCCCAGCCAAGGUGACGCAAAGAUUGAUUCGGUGCAGAAUGGCCUCCUCCUCUUGGCACAUCACCAUGCUGCCUUUGACGCCCAUCGCUUUGCCGUCGACGUCGAUCGUGGCUACGAGAUUUUUGAUUUUACUCGGGACGGAGAAAGGCACGGUCGACGCCUUCUCCUCGACCACCUAGGCGGCGAUGAUGCAAGUGUCCGACCACUCGACGCCCUCCUCCGCGAGCACUUUUGGCAGGCCGUCCUGGCCAACGUCCGAGAUGCCUCGGAGAUUUACGAGGACGACGGAGACGACGACUGGACCAACCCCGACGGGCUGCGCAUGGACAACGCGGCACUGCACAGCACCGACUCCGGCCGUCAGAGGCUCGAGCUCGAACUGGGCAACAGACUCAACCAUCUCGUCUCUUAGUCCUUACCCAACUGUGUAUAUAUUCCGCAUUCAUGGCUCUCUAAUCUACAUUUUUUUCCAUCAA